UUUUUUUGUAUAAAGAGUGUUGUUUCCGAAAAUAUCAGUGAGAGAGCUGUAUUGUGUGUGUGUGUUUUUAUGGUGGAGUUUUUUUUGAGCGAGUAUUUAUGUCGCUUUCCUUAGGAAAAACAUUGUUUUGUCGCUUUAGUUGCGUUUGAGCUCUUGGAGCUUUUUGGUGUGUUUGCGCUUCUUUUUUCGAUAAAGAAAUUUUUUAUAUAAAAAUUUCACUUUUUAUAUAUAUAUAUAUAUUAUAAUAACAACUACAACAACAAAAAACAAAAUUUUCUUUACUUAUAUAUAUAGAAAAAAAAUAUAUCAAACUUUAAUUUGAUGACAACAACAACAACAAAAAAAGCUAAAGCCAGCAAGCAAGCAACAACAAAUACCAAACUAUUUAUUCCUAAAAGAAACCAUACAAGUGUAAAAACAAAAGCAUAUUGAAAAGCAAAAACAAAACAAACACAACAUACCAAAAUAUAGAAAAGAAAAAAUAAUAAAAAAAACCACCUUAACCCUCCUCUUCUAAAGUAAAAAAAAAAGAAACAACAAAGAUAAAGGAAAAACUAAACACAGAUAGGAAAGAAAAACAAAAAAGGGAACAUAUACACAAUUUCUCUCCCUUUUUUAAUCUCUCUCACUCUCUCUGUCACUAUCUGUCUAAUAUUCUUCUUUGUUCAAGAAGAAGAAAAAUAAUACGAAAAAGAACUAAAAUAAUUUCAUUUUGUUUUGUUUUAAUUUUUAAAUUGACGUAAUACACUCAGGACUAAAAAGUAGUGACCAAUAAAUAAAAAAAAAAACUAAAUUAUUUAAAAUUUAAUAAAUAAAUAAUAAAAAUAAUAAUAAAUUACAUAAAGAAAAAGAAAAAAACAAAGUAAAAAACAAAAACAUCUUAAAGAACAACAACGACACACGCAGUUGUAGUCGUCGUCGUUAUCGUCAUCGUCGCACCUCCUUUAACAUCCAAAAUAAGUUUAAACGGGAUAACAACAGCUACAAACUGAGAUCGUCAACAUGGAUGACGAUCAGCAAUUCUGUUUAAGAUGGAACAACCAUCAGAGUACACUGAUCAGUGUAUUCGAUACUCUGUUGGAAAAUGAAACACUUGUCGAUUGUACAUUGGCGGCUGAGGGUAAAUUUUUGAAAGCACACAAAGUUGUCCUAUCAGCGUGUAGUCCUUAUUUUGCGACCCUUUUACAAGAGCAAUAUGAUAAACAUCCGAUAUUUAUAUUGAAAGAUGUUAAAUAUCAAGAGCUAAGAGCCAUGAUGGAUUAUAUGUAUCGUGGUGAGGUUAAUAUCUCACAAGAUCAAUUGGCAGCUUUGCUUAAGGCUGCAGAAUCUCUACAAAUCAAGGGUUUGUCAGAUAAUCGUUCAGGUGGUGGUACAACAGCACCCAAGCCAGAACAUCAUAGGGCCACAAUGCCCACGGGUAAAUUAUCGGCGGGCUAUACAUUGGAACAAACUAAAAGAGCCCGCAUAGCCGGCCCAGCCGAGCCUGAAAUGGGCUCACGAGAGGGUUCAUCUAGUCCUUCAAGAAGACGCCGAAAAGUGAGACGCAGGAGCAUUGAAAAUGCCAUGACUGAUGUCCAUGAUAAUUCCAAUUCAUCACAACAACAAACACAAUCGAAUGCUUCUGGUUUAGGAGCUAUUACAGCUGCUGCCUCAGCUUUAGCUGCUGCCGCUGCUGCUGCUCCCAAUACACAAUCGUUAGCAUCAAAUGUCCCUCUAUCCGCUUCAACAUCCUCCUCAACCGCUGUUACAGCACCCGGCACGACCUUAAGCUCCUCCAAAAAGACUGACAUUGUUAAAGGAACCACUCAACAACAACAACAAACACAACAAGAUGCCAUGAAUACCGAUAAUGUACAAGGUCCUGCCUCAGCUGCAACAGCAACUGGUUCAAUCGAUACGGAAACAACUGAUAGUGCCGCCGCCGUCGCCUCAACAGCCACUGAUAAAUCGAAUCAUAAACAACUGCAACAACAACUUAAACAAGCUAAAGAAUCGAUUAGUGGUAAUGCUGCUGCUGGCUCUGGCUCAGAACUUGUUAUUGAACCCAAAGCUGAAUACGAUGAUGAGGCCAAUGAUGAACCUGUUGAGGAUUUGACAUUAGAUGAAGAGGAUAUGGGCAUGGAUGAUUUGGAUCAAAAUGCUGGAACAAGUCAAGGUGGUGAAGGAUCUAGUCAAGGAUAUGCACCCUGGCAACAUGAUAGAUCUCAGGAUGAAUUAUUAUUGGCAACACAAGAAGCACAGCAACGGGAUCCUCAAGGCUUUGUGUCUUCUACCAACAUCAACAACAACAACAAUAUCACUUCCUCCUCCCAACAUCAUCAUCAGCAACAACAACAACAACAUUAUCAUCUGCACCUUCAACAACAGCAAUUACAACAACAACAACACCACCAUCAUCAUCAACAACAACAGCAACAUCAUUCUCAUCAUUUAAAGAACACUUCUACCUCCUCCUCAUCCUCACUUACUUCUCCCAGCUCAAGUUCUUUAUCAUUGAAAAGUCAAAAUUAUCUGCAACAACAACUGCAGCAACAUUUGCCACCCUUACCACCACCACCACCGCACAUGACCGGUAACUAUGAAACAUUUUUGGGAAAUGAAGAAAGUUAUACAUGUCCACAAUGUUUUCGCACCUAUCGACGUCAUGGCACCUUAAGAAGACAUUUGCGUCAAGAAUGUGGUAAAGGUAAAUCUAUGGUAUGUUCUGUUUGUGGUCAUCGUACCAAAAGAGCUGAUCAUUUGCGUCAACAUGUUCGUAAAAAGCAUCCUGAAAUAGCUUUACGUUCUCUGUUCAGACGACGCAAUAGUUCAAUGCAAAAUUCGAAUAGUAAUCACAGCAUUAGCAAUAACAAUGAUCCUAGUAGUAAUCCAACUCAAGGAGGAGGAGGAAAUAGUAUUUUGCAACAUCAAUUGCAACAACAGGAUAGUUUAAAUUCUGCGGCCGCUUGUGUGGCAGCUGCUACUUUGGCGGCUUUAAAUUUAAAAUCGGUUAUUAAAACACCCACCGCCACCUCGACACCACUUAAGUCAACAUCGUCACAGCAUCACAACAGCACUAAUAAUAACAGUCUCGACAUAGUCGAUUUAGAUGAUGAAGACGACGAAGAGGACUAUGAUGAGGAUGAUGGUGGUGGUGUACACAAUGAUAGUAUUACUAAAGCAACAGCUGAAGAUUUGACCGAAGAUGAUAGUAGAGAUGCUACCAACAACAUACCAACCUCUUCAUUCUAUCACCAACAGGCUUUACAACAUUUUCAGCAACAAUUAAGUGUGGCCAAUUCGAAUGCACCAUUACCAUCGCCAUCAUCAACACCAGAUGUUAAGCUGGAUGAUAAAAUAGCAUUUAAUUGUUAAUUCAUUUCAAAACAAAAAAUAAGUGAUUUAGUUUCCGUUUUACGGUUGUGAGUGCCUCUCUUCUCCAAGAGUUUUUUUUUAAGUAGUUGGAUCAUAAAUGAGUUGGUUUAAAGUUUUGUUGUUACAAACGUCAUGCAAAUGAAAGAGUUGCAGAAGAGAAAGGAAAGCAGUAGUUGUAGUUUUUUUACAUACAUAUUUUUGAAAUUAUUUUUCUUUUUUGUCCAAAUUUAUUUAUUAACUAAAACAAAAAUAAUGGCAAAUUGUUUUAAAAUAAUUGAAUUCUAUAUUCUAAAAGUAGGUCGAGUAUGGGUUAAAAUUUCUGGUUAAAUGUGAAAAGGUGUGACCAUCUUAAGUUCAUAUCAGAUUCCUUAUUCCUUUAUAAAUUUGAAUAGAGCUUUUGAACUUGUGAUUUUUCCCUUUUCAAAUUGUGAAAGCGUUGAGAACAGUUUUGUUUUCAGAGAAUAAGCUUUUUUUAAUUCCAGGAAAGACCCGCAGAGGUUCUGAAAACAGUUCUAUUUCAGUUUAUAUUGUCCCAACUCUAGUUUCGAGUUGUCAAGAGACUCGUGUUUCGAUUAAAGUCUAUGGAACAAUUCAUAUUCGAGAGGAAUUGAAAGAUGGCAAUUUAAAACCGAGAGUCUUAACGUCUAUAGACUAGAACUGUAUGCAAUCUGUGUCGCAGAGACUAUAGCAAAGUCUAGUGAAGAGUCCAGUCCCUCUAUAUGUCUACGCUUUAGAGACAAUGGAAGAGUUUAUAGUCAAGAGACUUUAAAAAAUUAUAUAGUCGAGUGACUAAUAGACUAUCGAACAGUUUAUAAUCGAAAGCCUUUAGAGCAGUCAAUAGCCGAGAGACAGUCAAUAGAGAGAGAUCGGUCUAUAGUCGAAAGACUAAAAAUCAAUCUAUAGUCGAGAGACUAAAGAUCAGUCUAUAGACGAGAGAAUAACGAUCAUUCUUUAGACGAGAGAAUAACGAUCAUUGUAUAGUCGAGAGAUUUUAGAACAGUCUAUAGCCAAGAGACUAUAUAUCAGUCUUGAGUUGAGAGACUAUAGAAAAGUUUAUAAUCGAGAGGCUUUAGAACAGUCAAUAGCCGAGAGAUUAAAGAUCAGUCUAUAGUCGAGAGACUUUAGAACAGUCUAUAGCAAGAGACUAGAACAGUCUAUAGUUGAGAGAUUAUAGAACAGCCUAUAAUCGGGAGAAUAUAGAACAGUUUUUAAUCGAAAGUCAAUAGUCGGGAGACUAUAGAACAGUCUAUAGUGUAUAGUCGAGAGACUAUAGAUCAUUCUAUAUUCGUAAGAUUACAGACAUUUAUUUAUUUGCAUGAAACUAAAGAUCGAUCUAUGGUCAAGACACUGUGGAUUAGUCUAUAGUCAAGAGACUAUCGAUCGGUCUAUAGUCAAGGGACUAUUGAUCAUUCUAUAGUCAAGAGACUAUAAAUCAUUCUAUAGUCAAGAGACUAGAUCAGUCUAUGGUGGAGAGACUGCAGAUUAGUUUAUAGUCGAAAGACUGUAGAUCAGUUUUUAGUGGAGAGACUGUAGAUCAGUCUUACACACAUUUAUUUAUUUACGAGACUUAGAACAGUCUUUAUCGAGAGAUUAAAGAGAGUUUAUAGAAGUUAUCUAUAGUUGAUUGAAUUGAAUGAUCUUAGAAUACAUUCUACAUAACUAUAGUCAAGAAUCAAGUGAUCAUUUUAUAGUCGAGAGAGUAAAGAACUCUUUAGAUAUCAUAGAUUGAAGAACUGUCUUAGAUUGUAUAGAACUGUUAAUAGUUGAACGAAUUUACAAGAGUUUAUGGCGAAAUUGUAGAAACAUAAUCUACAAUUGAAUGAUAACGAUGUGAUCUUAGUUUCAGUGCCAGUAGAUUAUUAUAUAGCCAAGAGAGAUGAACAGCUUGUGUAGUGAAGAUUAUAAAGUAUGUAGUUUAUAGUCCAAACUUGGACUUAAAAUUGAGAUUUUCUAGUCAUGAUUGUAAAGAACAUAUUGCAUUGACUUAACUUUGAAUGAAAAGAUAUUAUUUCUAUUUAUUUUCGGAAUUGAAAUUGGUCCAUUAAUAUUAGAAGUUUUCAAAAAACUCAACUGUUCUCUAAAACUAUAAAAUUGCUUGACGUUUACUUGUCUCUCCUGUUGUCACUCUCCUUUUGAAAUUGUAUAGAGAAAGUAGAAGUUAACUUUUAGAAACUAUUCUAUUGCUUUAAAGUAUGUAUGACAUACUUUUAGGUGCACCUACAAUUACUUAAAGUAUUGCUUACUUGUGGGCUUGCAACAUUUACAAAAGGUUUUAUAUGAUGAUAACAAUUAGAUUGAACUUUGAACAAUAUGUAAAAACCUACUUUUAGAAACUUUAUAUAAAAGUAUGUUAUACUUUUAGGCGUUAUUACAAAUACUUGAAACAUUGCCUACUUUUAGGCUUACAAUUGUCCUUUUAAAGGUUUUAAGUGCCAAAAUAGUUUAUAAU